AUGUCGCUCGCCGCUCAGGAGCGCCUUGGCGUGGGCAUCAUCGGCGCCGGAGAAGUGUUCCAAGUGUGCCACGGCCCUUGUCUUCUGAUGCUCGCCCACCUCUUCAAGCUCGAAUCCGUUUGUGACCUGUCCCCGACCACGACCGAUUACGUCGCCGACAAAUUCUUCUUCCCUCACAGGACGACGACGCCUCAAGAGGUCAUAGACAACGCAAGAGUCCAAGUCGUCUUCGUCUUGACAUCGGACGAGAGCCACACGCCGCUCGCCGUGGCUGCGCUCAAGGCCGGCAAGCAUGUCUUCAUCGAGAAGCCCGUAUCGCUCUCCCUCCCGUCGGCCGAGUCCAUAAUCGCAGCGGAGGAUGGUGCACCCAACGGAGCGCGUGCCUUCGUCGGAUACAUGCGUCGCUACGCACCCAGCUACCUCGAGGCCUUCAAGCGCGAGGUCGCUAGCAUACCCAAGAUCUUAUACGCCCGCGUACGGGACUUUAGCGGCCCCAACGCCCAAUUUGUGAACCAGAGCGGGACGUUCCAGACCAGAAAUGCCGACUACCCGGCCGGUUCGAGCGAAGAGAGAAGUUCCAGGCUGGAGGAGCUCUUCAAGGAGGCCUUUCCCGGACGAGAAAUCACCGACGAGAUGAGGAAGUACUGUCGCUUCCUGGGUAGCCUGGCUUCCCAUGACAUGUCACUCAUGCGAGAGACCCUAGGCUUUCCGGACAAGGUCGACGGUGUAUCCGUCAACGACCCCUUCUACUCGGCCAUUCUGUCCUUCCGUAACCCAGAUGGCACUCCGUUUUCCGUCACCUACGAGAGCGGAAUUGACCAAGUGCCAGUCUUUGACGCCCACCUGAGUGUAUACGGUGCCGAGAAGCGUGUGACGAUUCGCUAUGACAGUCCGUACGUGAAGGGGCUGCCGAUUACCGUUGACGUGGAGGAGCUCAACGACCAGGGAGAGAUUCAACGACGUACCAUGCUAUCCUCCUACCAGGACGCAUACACAUCCGAACUUCAAGCGCUUCACGAUACUCUGACAACCGGGAAAGCCAUCAAGACCAACCUCGAGGAUGCUCUGCAGGACUUGAGGCUUUAUGAUCUCAUGUACAAGAAAUGGCUUGGAGACUGA